AUGGCCGCUUCUCAACCGAACAAGGCAAAAGCGGAGUGGGGGGAGGAGAAGGAUGCAGCCAGUGAGGAGCAGCUGCUGAUGGAGAGGGCUGCAAAGAAGUUGAGAGAGGAGGAUGCAGCGGAAGCGCGAAAGAAGAAGGAUGAGGAGCAUAAGGCAAAGAUGGAUGAGGAGUGGCAAAUGUUCCUUGAGCAUAAGCGAUAUGAGGCUAGGAUAAAGGAGAAUGACAGGAAGACGCUAGAGAAACGUAAAAAAGAAUAUGAAGCUAACUUUAAGAAGAUGUUGGCAGAGGCCGCAGCAAAGAGACAGCGGGAGCAUCAACGCUUCACGGAGAGGGUUAAGGAAGAGGCUUCAAAACUGCGCAAAAGGGAAGAGGAAGAGGAAGAAGAGAGGAAGAAGAAGAAGGGUAAGGGGCCUUGCUCGACCCAAUAGAGCCGGAUGCUUGUAAUCUAUGUGUUGUUGAACCUUGUUUGGUUCCGCGCUUUAUUACUAUGAAACUCCACUAUGUAUGCAC